AUGAGUAGGAGCCUGAGCUGGUCUGAGCAGCUCGACGCGCUUCUCAAUGCUACUGACGGAAAUGUGGCCAGGAUUAAGACAGAACUCAUUGGCCUGUGCAUUUUUUUUUGUAGCAAAGGCUGUAUCCCCUUGGAGUCUCCACCGCGGAAUGACACUGCUGUCAUCCCUGCACCGCAACUGCUGUGGGAGGAGUCAGAGAUUCUUCGGGAGGAACUGAAGUUGCUGCGGGACCAGCUGAGCCAGCACCAGGAGCUGCUGCUGAAACAGAUGACUGAGGGGCGGCAAGCUCAGGCCCACAGCUGGAAGAUCUCCAGAGGCAUACCCUUUCUAACCUGGAGCCCAGCAGCUUUCAGCUCCAGGCCCAGAGCCCUAUAUUUUAAGGGCCCCAAGAUGCUCCUGAGUGACUCUUCCCUGCCCGCCUGGGCAGGAGUUUCAGUCGCUCGCGGCCGGGCAGCCCAGGGCGCUUCCAGCUGCGCUCUUUGGCUCGCCGGCCGGAUCAUUCUCCUGGCCUCGCCGAACAGGCGGGGGGAGCGGCCCCGACUGCGGGGUCAUGGCAGUAGCCUCCUCGUCCUCCGCCGCCGCUGGCCCAGCCGAGUCGCCGGCUUCUGCGCGAGGGAGCCCUACCGCCUCCGCAGGCUAAGAGCCGCUGCCGCGUCCGAGCUGUGA